UUAUAAAAUAUUCUUUAAAAUGUAAUAAUAAUAUAAUAAAUUUUUAACACUAUUAAUAUUCCAUUAGUAAAUGGAUGUGUAUGAGACUGAGUCUGAAUUUAAGUCUAUACCAAUUCUUCCUCAGUUAAUUUCCCUGGGAAUUAACCAUUCCCUAUGCAUUUCCAGAACAAACGCCUCUGCAAACUCCUCAAGAAGUAGAAAAAAAUCUGACGACGGGAAACAGACUGCCUCAUAUCUAAAUGUCUUAUCUUGGGGAAAAGUACCCUUCAAUUGCCUGGGCCAGGGUGUAGAAGUUAACACAUCUGAGUUUCCGAGAGUUAUUCCAUUCUUCAGUGGCAGGAGAGUAACUCAAGUCUCAUGUGGAGAUUACCAUUCCGCAGUGUUGGUCUGUUCCUCAAGGGAGAAUAUUAAUGCCGGAACUGUGUUCACAUUUGGAUUAGGGAACUCUGGAAGACUGGGAUAUCACAUUGACACUAACUCUGAAAUCAUUUCUCAGCAAAUUGGCACAGAUGACAAGGAUGAGCCGUCAUGGUGUACUCCAGUGCCUCAACCCGUAGGAAUGUCAAUAGGCCUAAGAAAUAACGUAGUAACAAUCUCCUGCGGUGCAAAUCAUACCCUAGUAACCACUGCAGAUGGGUAUUUGUACGCCUGGGGAGUUGGCGCCCAUGGCGUACUCGGGAACGGAUCUGUAGCUAACAGAUACAUCCCAGUCAAAGUUAUCUUCCCCCAAGAUACUUUCAUUUCAAAGUGUGCCGCAGGUGCCAGACACUCUAUGGCAUUGGAUAUUAAAGGGAACAUAUGGUCUUGGGGCUACGGAGGUAUUGUCCACAGUAUUUUCCACAUUAUCCAUAGAAAUGGUAGACUGGGAUUGGGAAGUACUAGAAGUUGUUUUACGCCUAAUUUGAUUGAGAUUUUUGAUACGUACGAGGUGUUUCAGAUUUCCUGUGGUGACUCGCACAGCGCUUGUCUGGACAGAUUUGGCACAGUUUACACUUGGGGCUCUUGCAGAGGAGGGAAACUUGGUCUAGGAAAUAUAUUAUCGGACGUCCUAGAACCAACCAUCGUACAGUCACUCAAAGGAAUACAUAUCAUACAAGUAUCAUGUGGUAGUGGAAAUACGUUGGCGUUAUCAUCGAGUGGAAAGAUAUACCAGUGGGGAUCUACAUUGGGAUUUAAUAAGCAAACUGAUGGAUUAAUUUCACAUACUGUUUAUUCGCCCGAGCCUGUAGCUGAAACUGGGUUUAAGAACAUAUUUGUAACCUCAGGACCGUAUAGUUUUGCUGCAAUUAACAUCUUUGGUGAUCUCUUAACUUGGGGAUUAGGGACAGGGUAUAGACUAGGUCAUGGUGAUUCCAAAGAUCAUGUGAUACCUAAAUUCGUAUCAUAUUUGAGGACUCGGGUGUAUAUUGACAAUUUGCUUAAAACAUACGAUGAGGCUGCGUUUAAGGUUGAGGAUACUGUUGAAAAGACUGUGAACCCUUAUGACGAGCGUAGAAUACAGCAAAUAGCUGUGGGUGAUGCUCACGGAGCACUUUUAACUUGUAACGGAACAGUUUACACUUGGGGUGCCAAUAACGGCACCGGCUGUAACUCUACCACAGAACCCCUAGAAAACUACUGUGAACCGAUUUUGUUUAACCACUUUUCGUCAAAAAUAACUAAAAUCGCGUGCGGAUCAAGUCAUACACUUGCCGUGACUAUUAACGGACUACUCUUCUCUUGGGGCUCCAAUGAAUCUGGACAACUCGGACACGGUGAUUUGAGGAGUCGAGUGGUUCCAGACAGUGUGAGUAACAUUGAGAAUUGUAUAAAUGUAUUUGCUGGGAUAGAUAACAGCGGUUGCAUUUGCUCAGUAAGUCACGAGAACAUGAUGAAAGACGAGUAUGGCACACUCUGGGUCUUUGGCUCGUCAACCUGUGGUAAAUUAGGCCUCGGUGAGAACAUGACCUCAGCAGUCAUGACUCCCAGAGAAGUUAAUAUAACAGGAGUACACUCUGUGGCUCUAGGACCAAUGCACUCUUUGGCUUUGACUAGUGACGGCACACUUUACGCUGCGGGUGCAGGUUCCGGAGGAAGGCUUGGGACUGGAAAUACGACAAAUUCCUUCACAUUUGUCCAGGUUAAAACUGAUCAUAAGUUUGUGGCAGUCGGUGCUGGAGCCUCACACUCACUUGCGAUUUCCAUGGAAAAUGACCUCUACGGCUGGGGAGAGGGGAAGUAUUUAACUUUUGACGAAGAUGUUCUAGAACCUACGAUUAUUAAUACUAUUCCCUCCACCACGGGACAGGCUAAAGUUGUCGCACUCGCAGUCGCAGCCAAUCAUUCCCUCGUUUUAUCACAAUCCGGAAAUUUGUCUGGUUUUGGGGAUAAUUCGUAUGGCCAGUUGGGGGUUUUCCUUAGCAUGAAAAGCUCUGCGAAUAACUUUAUUAAAAUGCCUCUCCCAGUAAAUGUACAAGGGAACAUCGUCUGCGUCGCUACUUCUCGUUAUUUCUCUUCCUGCUCCAAUUUAGGGGGAGAUGCAUUUUCUUGGGGACUUGCAAAGGAUCACAGGCUUGGUAUAGGAGAAACCAAGAGUAAAAUCAUUUACAAACCGACACCGAUUGCGAACACGAGCAUGAUUGGAGACUUGAUGGACAAGUUUGAACUUGACUCUUACAAACACACUUCAAUGAGCGGAUAUGAGACUAUUUUGAAUUAUUUCCUGGAUGAACUUCAUUACUCAAGUGACCCUCACAGCAUUAACUGGCGUAACCUCCAAAUUGUUCUCAAAAAUGAAGAAAAAAUUACCAGCGAAGCCUCAAUUAAACUUUUUGAAGAAGACCUUGUAAAGUGUUUGAAGACGCACGUGGACUUUAUUUUAAGUAUGAGCGAGAGUUAUGGUAGAGUAAGAGCACUUCAGUUUAAGCUCUUGUCUAUGGUUAAGGAUUUUUGCACAGCUUUACGGGGUCAAAAAGAGAUUAACACUAAACCCGGUAGGGAAUUUUUUAGCCCGUUCAAGGCCAAACUCACGCAAAUUGAAAAACUCGUUGAAAUACUAUUCCUACAACCAGCUUACUUCGUCAGAUUAGCAAUGUUCUCCCAUGAUCUAGAUCUCGUCUCAAACAUCGUACAUCACGUGUAUGGAGAUAUCCAAGUUCCAAGAGUCCAUAAUCAGUAUUUUGCUCUUUUGAGGUCCUUGCUGAGGGAGGAAACUGCCUUAUUUUUUAAGCCUACAAAUCCUUUAAACGCGUUUUGUUCGCCAUUUUCAAGGAUACUGAGGACAUACGCAAUGAACAAAUAUCUCAUCAUAGAAAACGCACACCUGUUUCUUUCCCAAACUGAUCAACAAUCAGUUGUGUCACAUUUGGCGACAUAUUCAAGCCCAAUUCUAAUUCCUCAAGAAGGAUUCGAGUAUAAGGACCACAAAAGGUAUAAGGAGGGAAUGUGUAGGUUUGGUUCGUUUUUGGUGUUUCUGGCAACAGUGUUGUCUCGUCUGGUUUUGCAUAAUAAUAUUAAGCUUCUUUUCACGCAAAUGUACAAUUUGGUAAGGGAAAAGAUACCCGUAGACUGGGCCUCACCAGCAGUACCACUUGAAUACCUCGCAAUAUUCCCCCUCAUACCAGUCUUCGUUUUCGCCAUUAUACAACCCUUCUUCACUAAUCCCAAUCACAUCUCACAGAUGUGUGGAUUGGGUGUGAUGGGGGAUGAGAAUGUGUUGAAGAAUAUGUGUGUGAUUUCGACUUAUUUCGACUACAUUGUGAACCCUGAGCUAAAGAUGCCGCCGAUGCCUGCGGUACUGACCUCACUUGCCCAGACUUUGUAUAGUAAUCUUUCCCGACUGUUUCUGGAGUAUCUGAGAUCAAUUCUCCACGUUGAGGAUAAUUUUUACACAGACUUGACGAUGCAGAUUUUUAAAAGUCACUUUGACACUGAUUAUGUAAACGUAAGUAUUCCCUCAGACACCGUUGCAAAACUGGUGAAUUUAUGUCACUCCUCAUCACAUUAUCUGAACUUUUCGGCUCACGAUCCGCUUGUGAAGAUAAUUUCCGGCAUCUCUGGGUCGAAGAAAUUGUCCCCAAGUGAUGUGAUUUAUCCCACGGACUUUGUUGAAAAAUUGUCAAAAAGUGGGUUAACCAAUUUUAGGGUGGAUCACAGGUUCAUGGUUUAUGAUAGGAACAUGUCAUUUUGUGCCUUUUCAAACACGUUUGUACCGCAAAAACUUGCAUACAGACAAAGUACUUUUUCCGAAGACUGCGUUAAGUUCAUUUCCGUAAUUGUCAGGUAUGUACCCCUUGGGAAAUAUGACCCCUGUAAGAUUUUACAAGACUCACUGACUCAACUUGAUGAUUUAAGAGUACAGUAUGGCACCUACGAUGACUUGACUGACGAGAUGUUCCUCAAGUCAAAGUACUUUUCAAGCCUUAGCUCGCCUGAUUUUAAGCGGGCUGACAUUGCCAAGGAAGUUUUUAAUACCGUUCAGAAACUUAAAAAUGAUAUAACCCCCACCCUCGUUGGUAAGAGCAUUUUAAAAAAGUGUCUGGAGCGGAUUAGGCAUAGGAAAUACUUACUUUACAUAUAUCAACAUCAAAACGAGAUUGAACAGUGUAGAAGAAACUUUGAAGCUCAGAUAUCUUACAAUGUUGAAUAUCUCAACUCUUGCAUUAAUUCGCUCCACUACGGGCAUAUCGAUCCUGCCAUUAAAAGAGCUGCAAUAAAACACAGAGUUAACUUAUUCACCAUAAAUUCUAAUGUUGAUAGUAAGAAGGCAGAUGGUAAGAAAUCCUAUGGUAAAAGGUCUGAUGGUAAGAAGUCCGAUGGUAAGAGUGUAUCAUUUAGGGAGUAUUCAUGUCUUGAGCUGUACAGGAAUGGAACAUUAGUGCCGGAUGAUUCUGUGGCAACUCGCGUGUUUAACAGGUUAGUCAUGGCAUUUUCAGCCAGUAUUGACACUGGCUGUUAUAUUACGCUUAGAGGAAUUGAUCAUUCAGAUCAUAAGGAACUUGAGUUUCUCAGUUUUGAGCUACUUCAAAAGUUUGUUGAUUCUUCCAACUCAGGAUAUCACCAGAUAUUCACAAACCCCUCAUAUCCCUCUGGAAUGUUCGUAAUCAAAGCUUCAUUCCUUGUUGACACCUUCAUGGCACUCGUUAGAAGUUAACCAUUCAAUUUUUUAUGUCUCA